CCCCCCCCUGUCCCCCGUCCCCCGUCCCAGAACGAAGAUACGCGAGCUGUGGUGAAUGGACCGGAGACUCUCUCGUCUGGUUUGCAGACUGCAGCAAGAAUAACUUUGUGACAAGACCUCUGUGCAAUGGCCGACAAGCUCGCCAACGUGAGAAAGAAGUUCGUGGAACAGGUGUCCAUAGGAACUCUUGAUCGGCUCCUAGACAACAUUCUGGAGGAUCGCAUUGUGAACAACUGGCAAAAAGACACCAUACUGGAGAGGAACAGCAGCAGAGAGAACAAGGCGCGCUGCCUCAUCGACACGGUGAAGAAAAAAGGCGAUAAAGCCAGCACGAUGAUGAUCGCUCACCUUCAAAACUGUGAUCCCUUUCUUUACUCUGAGCUGGGCCUCGGCCCGCUACCGCCUGCUCCACCUGCUGCAGAGCCUCGGAGCAUUAAGGAGGAGGGCCGGUCGACCACACUCAUCCCCACUACUGAGGAUUUCUGGAGGAAUAAACAGAACAAGAAAGAUAUUUACCCUGUGACCAAAGAUAACUAUAGGAAUCGUGUGGCGCUGCUUAUCACCAAUAUAAAGUUCACGCUUGAGGAAUUAGACAGACAUGGAGCUGAGAAAGACGAGGAGAACGCGGAGAAACUUCUCACAGAUCUGGGAUACGAGGUGGUGAAAUACACAAACCUCACUGCAAAGGCCAUCGAUGAGGCUGUAAUCAAGUUCUCUAAACAUCCAAAACUCCGAGAGACAGACAGUGUGAUGGUGGUUAUCAUGUCUCACGGGGAACUGGGAACUAUCCUAGGUGUGGAAACCUCAAAAUCUGAUGACAAGGAACCAGAUGAGUUCCCCAUCAACAACAUCUAUAAACACUUGGGUCCACAGAAAUGUCCGGCUCUGCUGAACAAAACUAAAAUCCUCAUCAUCCAGGCCUGCAGAGGAGGUGAGAAAGGCUCUGUGCUGGUGAGCGACUAUGCGGCUGUGCCUGAUAAAACCAGACUGCACGGGUUUUCUCCUGAAGACAUCGAGGACGAUAGUUGGCAAAGAAUCGAACACAGAGAAAAAGACUUCAUAUCUCUUCUCUCCUGCACGCCUGGCACCGUCGCAUAUAGACAUUCGGUUCUCGGGUCUUUUUUAAUCCAGUUUACUGUCGACGUAUUCAACAAGGCCGCAUAUGAGGAUGACAUCGAGGAACUCUUCAGGAAAGUCAUGCAACGCUUUGAAGAGUUCUGCCCUUCAAACAAAAGGCAGAUGGCGACCAAGGACAGAUGCACACUUACAAAACGCUUCUACUUUUAUCCUGGUCUCAAUGUGGUUUGAGACACUUCUUCUUAUGAACGUCUUAUAUCUUCAGGGAUUGGGAGUGUAGCCGCUGAGGUCAUGCAAGGAAAGAAGUCCUUAAGAAAAGCUGGAAGGGAUAGAAAUAUUGACAAGACAAGCCUCAAAAGAUUCAUAAAGUAAAAUCAGUAGCGUGGGGUGCAGUAGCUGAGGCAGAAAGAAUAUUCACAGAUGAGAUGGAGGAGGAGAAAAAAACGAGAAAAACAAUAUCCCUGUCCCUGCCAAUUGGACAGUGAAACAAUGUGAAGGUAAGCUAGGGUGUGCAAGAGAUCACAUGAAUCAUAAUAAUCAUAAAUGUGCCUAAUUGACCAAUCUCCAUGAUUCUGUUACUAGUCCGAUAUUAGUUUUGGAAUGUGUGGUUAUCAAUCUAGCUGUCAGGAUUUUAACUAUGACAACAUGUGUUGUUAUGGUAGUUUUAAAGGGGAAAAAGUAAGUGGACCACUAACCCCGUAGCCGGGGUAAAGUGAGACCCAAGACCACUUUUUAAAAAACAAUCAUAUUUUCACCGCCCUUUGUCCUGAAGACAUUCUGAUCAUUUCCAUUGCUAGGAAACAUCCUGAAUUAAUGGGAAAUGUGUACAUUUUACUGAUAUAUCAGUUUAGCUCGCCUAGAGGGGAGCAAAUGUAAAAAAUGUCUCACAUUACCCCGCUCUCUCUACACGUGUUCAUAAUGUGUGCUAUUGGCACAUAGGGGACCUAUUUACUUCAACGGCCCAUGUCUUCGUCAGUUUUGUAUUAUUCAAUUUUUACCCUUGGGUUAGGGUUAGGGUUUGGCCGCCGGAGAAUCUUUUUUAUCCCAGGGUUAAGGGUCCCAUACAGUCUAUGUGCAGAUGUUAGCUGACACUGGUUGAGAGGUGGGGAACACCCUGGUCUGGACAGGUUAAUAUCGCAGGGCUGUGUGUGUGUAUAUAAGCAGUUGAGUAAUGUGAACUUUCAUACUUUUGUACUUUUACUUGUGUAAGAUUCAUCAAUAACAGUUCACUAUGUGAUGUUACAUUUAUGAGUAAACAAGAAAAGUUCAAAUAAAUGUGAGAAUUGAAAAGACAAA